CUCCGGGCCCCUCCAGCAGAGGUCCCCGUGCGAGCAUGCCCAGUGCAAGCCGCUAGUUUGGCUCUGGUGUAGGUUUCCAGUAAGUGGCAUGCGGGACUACGGAGAGAUCCCAAAGAGCUGAGCCGAAAGCCUUUGUGUGCAGAGGGAGGAGGCGGUGGCGGCCGCCUGGCUGGAGACCCCGCCCGGGGAGCCCCCGGCAGGAACAAUGCUAGCCUGCCUGACGCGGGGGAACUUACUGGACGUCCUGCAGGAGGGCUUCAAUGAGCAACAGCUUCAGGCCUAUGUGGCCUGGGUGAAUGCACAGCUGAAGAAGAGGCCAGCAGUGAAGCCUGUGCAGGACCUGCGACAGGAUCUCCGGGAUGGGGUGAUCCUGGCAUAUCUCAUCGAGAUUGUUGCAGGAGAAAAGCUGAGUGGGGUACAGUUGAGUCCCAGUAACCAACAAGAGAUGAAGAAUAAUGUGGAGAAAGUGCUACAGUUUGUGGCUUCCAAAAAGAUUCGUAUGCACCAGACUUCAGCUAAAGAUAUUGUGGAAGGAAACUUGAAGUCUAUCAUGAGGCUGGUCCUCGCCUUGGCAGCUCAUUUCAAACCUGGCUGCAGCAGGACGGUGAGCCAAGGACGGGACUCCAGGGCCCCUGUGCAGAGUCACCAACCACACUGUGCCACUGCUGUGGCCCAGGGAGCAGCUGCUGCUCUAGCUGAUGUGUGUCAUGACAUGUCACGGUCAGGACGGGAUGUCUUUCGAUACAGACAGAGGAACAGCAGCAUGGACGAGGAGAUCGAGAACCCGUACUGGAGCGUGCGGGCCCUGGUGCAGCAGUAUGAAGGGCAGCAAAGGUCCCCAUCUGAGUCAAGCUGCUCCAGCCUGACUUCACCCAGUCCAAUCCACAGUGCAAAGAGUGAAUCCAUUAUAACCCAGUCGGAGGAGAAAGCAGAUUUUGUGAUUAUUCCCUCUGAGGGAAUAGAGAACAGAACAGAGGAGACGGACUCGCCACUAUCCCGAGACUGGCGGCCAGGGAGUCCCGGAACCUGUCUGGAGACCUCAUGGGAAGAACAGCUGUUGGAACAACAAGAACAUUUAGAAAAAGAAAUGGAGGAAGCAAAGAAAAUGAUAUCAGGACUACAGGCCUUACUGCUCAAUGGAUCCUUACCUGAAGAUGAACAGGAAAGGCCCUUGGCCCUCUGUGAACCAGGAGUCAAUCCCGAGGAACAACUGAUUAUAAUUCGAAGUCGUCUGGAUCAGAGUAUGGAGGAGAAUAAGGACCUAAAGAAGGAGCUGCUGAAAUGUAAACAAGAAGCCAGAAACUUACAAGGGAUAAAGGAUGCCUUGCAGCAGAGAUUGACUCAGCAGGAUGCAUCUGUUCUUCAGCUCAAGCAAGAACUACUGAGGGCAAAUAUGGACAAAGAUGAGCUGCACAACCAGAACGUGGAUCUGCAGAGGAAGCUAGAUGAAAGGAACCGGCUCUUGGGAGAAUAUAAAAAGGAGCUUGGGCAGAAGGAUCGCCUCCUUCAGCAGCACCAGGCCAGGUUGGAAGAGGCACUUCGGAAACUCUCUGAUGCCAGUUACCAGCAGGUGGAUGUGGAAUGGGAGCUAGAACACAAAGAUGUCCUUUUGGCUCACUGUAUGAACAGAGAGGCAGAUGAGGUGACCAAUUACAACAGUCACAACUCUCAAAGCAAUGGUUUUCUCCUUCCAACGGCAGGAAAAGGAGCUUCUUCAAUCACCCACAGAGGGACUAGUGACCUGCAGCUUGUUCGAGAUGCUCUCCGCAGCCUGCGCAACAGCUUCAGUGGCCAUGAUCCUCAGCACCACACCAUUGACAGCCUGGAGCAGGGCAUCUCUAGCCUCAUGGAGCGCCUGCAUGUCCUGGAAGCACAGAAGAAACAAGAAAGAAAGGUUCGGGGCAAGUCACCCAGAACUCAAGCAGGUAGUGAAUACCGGGAGUCCUGGCCCUCUAAUUCAAAGUUGCCUCACUCACAGAGCUCUCCAGCUGUCAGCAGUGCCUGCACUAAAGUGCUCUAUUUCACUGAUCGGUCACUUACGCCCUUCAUGGUUAACAUACCAAAGAGUUUGGGGGAGGUGACACUAAAGGAUUUUAAAGAAGCUAUUGAUCGGGAAGGGAAUCACCGGUAUCAUUUCAAAGCACUGGAUCCUGAGUUUGGCACUGUCAAAGAGGAGGUUUUCCAUGAUGAUGAUGCCAUCCCUGGAUGGGAAGGGAAAAUUGUAGCCUGGGUGGAAGAAGACCAUGGAGAGAAUUAAUGCUGAUUAUUAGAUUGUGGGCAUGUGGAACCUGGUCACUCCCUGGCUGCUUCACUCAGGAAAGGGUACUAAAACCAGUAUACACCAAGAAGUUUCUAGUUCAUGCUGCCACAACAGAAGCUUCUUCAAGUGUGAUGGCCACAGGCUAGUCCUGUUUCUGUGCCUGGCAUAUCUGGUACUUAAAAUCUGUGUCCAAAUGUAGACCAUGGGUUCAUCUGAAGUUCCUUGUCCGUGGGAAUGCAGUGUUUUCUUCAACUCUGAGGACAACAAACCGAAGGCCUUAACCAAUGGGGAUGGAUGAUCCCGCUCCUGUAGAGGCAUGGCUGCUAUUAUCUGGAACUGGGGAAUUGGAUGCAUCAUUCCUGUGUGUUACAGUAUUGUUUUAAUUGGCCUCAAUAGUUGCAGCAAUCAGAGUCCCAGUAUUCAUACUCACAAACAAGGCAAAGGUACCAGCUUUUCUGCUUCUUUGCAGCUAUUGUAAACCAAGAAUAACUCAUGAGGUGGUACCAAAGAUGAAAGCCCACUCUUCAGUAAUCACUUGAACUACACAUGGAUGGUGCUGAACUGUUGAUUGGAUGGAAAAAGGGCUGCCCAUAUUGUGCUAUACUGUGCUAAAACCAUAAUUAAGACGGACCUUGGGCUGCCUCUUCUGGUCUUAACUGGUUCUGUAGCUUGUCCUUUAGCUCACAAAGGGCAUAUUUUAUGUACUGCUAGUUUUCUCUGGGGACUCUUUAACUUUAGAGCCAUUUAUUUUCCUUCAAACUGAUGAACUUUGUGUGUGAAAGGAGUAACGAGUGAAAUGCUCCUUAAAAAUCCAGGCGGGUAUGGAAAGGUGCUGCUACCCAUAUCUUGACUUUGUUUCAUGACUUUCUUUAACUCAUGGCAUCUCCUUUGCAAUUAAAAGGAGAGAGACCAUUAAUUUCAGUAUUUCUUUGUGACUUAUGAGAACUGAGCAUGAAUUACUGGUUUGUCCCUUCUCCUGUCAAGGCCAGAGUUAUUUACUAUUAUAUAUUUAGUCUAGACUGAUCCUUUAGGGCACAACAGACACCAUGGGGCAUGGAGCAUGAGUUGUGAAUGGCAGGGCUGAUUCUGGGUGAAAAAACCUAGAAUCAUUUCUCAUGUACAACAUUGUCAAGUGUAGAAGCUAGGAGUUCAGCCUUCAGAAAUUACUUAAUAACCUGGGUUUCUCAUUCAUCCACCAAGCACCAUCAACCAAUCAGCCAUUAUUUUAUUUAUAUAUAUAUAUAUGUAUGUAUGUGUAUAUAUAUUCCUAACAGCAGUCUACCUGUGACCACCGAUGUACACUGCCAAACAAAAGAGAAGGACAGAUCAAUUCUGGGUUCUUGACCUGUCUGUUGCCAGUUCAUCUCCCCUUUUCAGUGAUUUCAACAAGACUACUCUUUGGAGCUCUGAGAUGACAUCUUGUUGUUUUAUACAGAUGUGUCUUUUAAAAAUAGUUCAUGUUUGGAGAAUUCCUUUGUACUCAUUUGCUUUUUGUCUGAGAACCAUGUCUAUUUUUAUAACUGGAGUGUGAGUUUUGUAUAUUCUCACAUUCUAUAUACUGUGUCCGUUUUCUAGAGAGCCCAGUAGCUUUUAUAGUCUCUUCUUACCACCCCUUGUGGUUUCAGAACAAGCUUUAUUUUAUUACAAGUAUACUAAUGACAACUAAUUCCUGUUCCAAUUCUACCUGCUAUUUUAGUUACGGAGGUAGUUGUAUGUAACCCAGUUGAUUGUUCCUUUAGCAGAUAGGAGGAGUUUACUUACCAGAUGUCUUUCAUGUAAGUUUUCUGGGUCUCCUACUGAAGAAUGAUGUUUCAUCAGAAGUGACUGGGAAAGUUUGGGAAAAUCAGCCAAAAGCAAGAAUAAUUCAUAAUGAAAGCAAACAGAAGAAAACAGUAUAUUCUCAGUUUUUUCCCCCAAGAAGUCUGGAGAAAAAGUCCUAAUGUCACCAAGUUCUCUGUUGCAUGAAUUUUAAUGCCUUGCUAUAAGACAGCAUGAGGGUUAUCAGGCCAAAAUUCAUUAUUGUAUUUCCAGUACAAUUUAUCUUGAAUAUCUGUCUCUUAAAUCAGUUAUUUCUUGUCAGUUUUCUUUCAGCAAACAGUCUUACUGUUAUCUGGAAUUUAACUUUUCAGAGAAAAUUAAAUCAGAGAAAAUUUUCUAGGUCUUCUACCUUGUCUUUUACCUCUGUCUCUUUUGAAAAAGGAGGUGCAUGGCCUCAGUGCCUCCAUAGAAAGCUGAAGUUGAAUUUAGGGGAAAGCAUGAGAUAAUUUUUUUCCCCUUUAGCUCAUUAAUCUCAUGUACCACAGGUAAUGAUGAAGCAUCCCUACUAGAGGAUGUCACUUCAGUAACUCUCAUGUAAAAUGUGUUGGUGAUCCUCAUUCCGGUUUCCAAAGCCAGAGGAGCCUUCUGAGCAGGAGUACGCAUUGAUUCAUUCUGCUUUGAAUCAUCUCCUAUUUGGCAGCACUCUAGGUGGCCUCUUCUUAUUCAUAUAAUUGUCCCCUAGGGUAUUGUUGUGGGAUAGUCCAUCCUGCUACUGCUGAAGUUCUGUUCUUGAGAAAACUAAAGAACUAGAAUAUUUAGAGUUCAUAAAAUAAUCUCUAAACCAUGUUAGGUAAAAAGAAAAAAUGACCCUCUUAAAAAAACUAGUUUAAUUGAAAGCUCAAUUCCUUAAAAGUCUUCAUUUAAAAAUUGAAGAAUGAAAUAAAAAAUAAAUUAAAAAAAUAAAAAUUGAAGAAUGUUCUCUUCUUGCUCAGUUCCCUAAAUUAGCUCGGACUAGAACACUUUACAAUUUGUACCUAAAGAAUGUGGGUUAAACUCACUUGGUAAUGGCAAUCCUACUUACACCAACUUUUCAGCUCUUUUUGACCAGUAUGGUUGUAAAUUAGGGAAAAUAUCUUUAUGCUCUAUAUCCAAUCCAAGAGGACUCUAAUAACUUAAAAGCAUUUAGGUCAUAAAAAUAUUUCCAUUUUUUUCCAUAAAAUAAGCAUUAUGAUUGAACAUUCCUUCUUUUGUCUGAAUUUAUGUAAGAGGUAUAGCUUGCUUAAAAUACAUAUAUGUGUAAAGUUAUAUUUUCUUAGAAACAUGGAUGUUUGCAAACAUUGCUUUCAAAGAAAUCAUUACCUUGUAUUCUCCGUGUUUUACAAUGUUUUCAUGAAGACUGUUAUACUAGAGGCUUCUUAUUAUCAAAGUGAUAACCAGUAUUAACUGCCUACAUGUACCAGAUUUGUGAUCUAAUUUUUAAAAAAACCACACAAACUAUGAA